CGGAAAAGGUGCACUAGAUGAUCAAUCCCGCCGUAUGUCGCAAACGAUUUGCGCUCAAACGGGCGACGCAAAUCAUUAGUCAUCAAAUAUGGCGGUAACUAACCAACUUAAAAACUUUUGUCGGCUCAAAGCUCGAGCCGAACCAUGGCUAAGAGUGAUGGCCAUCUGAUGCAGGACUCUGAAUCCUUCAGCAUAAGAAUAUUGACUUCUCUUUAAGCUUGUUACAUUGGUGGUAGGAACGCGACACCGGCGCUCGAACUGUACGACGGGAAAUCGGCUGAAUCAUUUAUCCGCCUUGCCGUCCCGCUAGGCUGCUUAACGAGAGGUGUUCGGUCUCCACUCGUCAAUCGAUGAAUGAACUCGUUCUCUCAAAUAUCCAUUCAUUACUGUUAUGUCGGAGCCGGUUGAUUGCAAAGCCUUGUUUACCAAAGCUGAGGAAGAAAUUCGGCAGAGAAAUAACACGUUUAUUCAGCCCUUGCCUUGUAUUGGAAGAAUAUGGGCAGCGUUUCGCCGACCGACCCAUCACGAGCGAAAAGGACCUGGAAGUUUAUGAGCGUUUCGCGGUGGAGAACCAUGUAUUCGACAUCAUCUUAGCUCAGCACUGUGCAAAAUACUGAGUGCCAAAGAAGAAUUCGGGCUGGGGGAUGGAGUGUGGUUCGAUAACCACGCCAAUGCUCUCGACGAGAAUGCGCCAGACGAGCCAAAUGCCCAAGAACAAUCUGCACGCCUCGACCAAUUCUGUAUUCACCGCGUCGAUAGGAAUAUCAAAGCUUUGUUAACUACAGUUGAAUACAAACCAC